AUAGGCUUGCAUCCCACGGCCUUUCCCGCCAACACACACACACACACACACACCGCCAUUCAAGUUCACCUCCAUCCCUUUAUUCCUCUACUAAACUAUUCCCCACGGUGAUGGCGGCUGCAGGACGCGAGGGCGGGGCAAAGGGGGGAUCCUUCAUGACGCCAGGAGGAGCGAGGGGAGUCCUGCAGGAGGGCCGGGGGGGCAGGGAGGGCAUUAACAACCACGUGCCCCUCAUCCUCAACGCCAGCCUCGUCAGACCCUCCCUCAUGGACUACCUCGCCAGCGGGUUUAAGAUUAGAGUGAGCCAUUCCACCCCCAAAGAUAGUGCUAUCUUGCCGACUUGUGGAGUGGCUGUCCUUAUUGUUCCCCUCCCCUCCUCCUCCACCUCCUCUGCCUCCACGUCCACCUCCACCUUCAAGGAGGAAAGUCUGGACGAGCUUGUUGAAAGAGUUCGAGCCUUCACCCGCGUGCAUGUGGGCGGCGUGGUGGUACUGGUGGGGGCGGUGUUUGGGCAGGAGGAGGUGGGCGGGGUGAUGUGCGCCCUGCAGAUCCGCCUUCUACCCCACCCACCCCUUCUGCUGCCCGCCCACGGAGAGGCACAAGCGGCCGCCCACCUACACCUGCUUGCUAAGGCAGUGGGCGGUGGGCGUGAUGGAGUUGUGUAUCGCCGGCUAGCAGGUGUGGUGGAGAAUGUUCUGGCCAGCCCUGUCUCGCCCUACGCCCUGGCUGGUCCUCUGGGCAUUUCUCCCGCUCAGGUUGCCACCCUUCUGAGACUGGGUGGGUCGUUCUCAGGACUGGCGUGUCUUGAGCAGGAAGACGUGUCGGGGGCGGGGCUCCCUCCCUCCAUCCUCACCACCCUCACCUCCGCCCUCGCCAGGGACACUGUGGCGCUCUAGAGAUGUUGAGAGGAAGCGAUUUUUUUUUCAUUAAUAGCAGUAUGUUAUCUUUGUCUGGGUUUUCUCUAUAAUGUCAGAGAGAGAGAGAGAGAGAGAGAGAGAGAGAGAGCUCUUCAUGAAUGAUACCAAUAUAUACUUUUUUUGUCUUUUAACCUUGACUAUUGAAAAGAAUACUAGAAGGAACAGAUUAAGAAUUUUUUCCUGUUAUUUAUUAGUUCUUGACUCCUAGGAAAGGUAUUUUUCAAUAUUUUUAUUGUAUAUUUUAUUGUGUUUUUUUUAUGUAGGAAUGACUACAAUGAUAAAAAUAAGCUGUUAAUGGAUA